AUGAUAAAAAAGGAAGACUUUUCAAAUUACACGAAUGAUGCCUUUAAGUUUGAAAGAUCGGAAUUAGAUAAGGCAUGGGAUAAGUACAAAAGUAUUUUUGAUAGUUGUUCUGAGGUCACAAUAGAGAAAAAGAAAGAGUUGUUAAUGGUCCAAACUAAACACCCACAAGUUCGCAAAACAUACGUGCGGUGUAUAAAUAUACUCUCAAAAGCUAAAGAAAAUAUAGGCAAAAAUAAAGAAGACAAUGUAGAAUCAGCAGUUCCAAAUUUUUGUGGUUCCAUAUCCGUACCUCCUUGUGAUACUGGAGUUUUUCAUGGGGAUUACGUUUCGUGGCCCACAUUUAGAGAUAUGUUUACUGCUAUUUACAUAAACAACACAAGACUUAGCCCUGUAGAAAAAUUAUUUUACUUGUUCAGAAAAACUGAUGGUGAAGCUAGGGAUAUUAAUAGAAAUGUAGUUCUAACAGCAGAAAAUUUCGAAAUAGCUUGGAACAAUUUAAAGAUUCAAUAUGAAAAUAAACGAGUUUUGAUUAAUAGUCAAUUGAAGUUGCUCUUUAAUUUAGCUCCUUGCCAACAAGAAUCGGCUUGUGAAAUUAAGAGACUUCAAAGGGAAAUAAAUAACUGUAUGGCUAUUUUAAAGCUCUAUAAUGUCAACAUUGAUUCAUGGGACCCAAUUUUUGUAUUUCAAUGUUCAUCACGGCUCUCAGAAUGUUCACUUAAUCUAUGGGAACAAUCAGUAAAGAACAAAACAGAGGUUCCCAAGUGGGAAGAAUUAAAUAAUUUUCUCACCGAUAGAUUUCAUGCUCUUGAGAGUGUAUCUGAUAUUAUAGCGAUAAAUAACAAGCAUCCCAGUGGUUCCCAAUCAGAAUUCAAUAGUAACAAUAACCAUACAUCAACCAAAGUCAAACAAUUUAAGGCCCAUAAUACUAAGGUUGAAACGAUUUAUUGCAAAUUAUGCAAAGAAAACCAUAAAAUUAGUUCAUGUCACAAGUUUUUGGCUAUGGAUUAUAAAAAUCGUGUUUCAACUUUAAAAAGAUUUCGUUAUUGUUUUAAUUGCCUUAAUAUGGGACAUAUGUAUGGUGAUUGUAGUAGUCCAAAUGGUUGCUCCAAGUGCAAAAGAAAACACCAUACUUUAAUGCACAGAGAUUUUGUAAAGAAAAAUAAUAAUAUCCAAAAUCAAAGUAAUUCUAGAAAUCAGGGUGAAAGUCAAAAUAAUUCUGUCCAACAAAUACAGUCCACAAAUACAAACCAAUUACAGUCCACUAAUGCCGCAGGUCCAUCUGGUGUUGUUCAGUCACAUCACACUUCAGUUGCAAAGAAA